AUGGAUCAUUCCGAACUUAUUCAAGAAAUGGUACUGUUAGAGAAAAUGACAGCUCAAGAAAGACUUAAACAUGCUCGACGGCGUCGGCAGCAACAACUUAAAAAUUGGACACAACGACAAGGUACAUCCAGUAAUAGUACAAACGUAUCAGCUGGUAUGACUAAUGGUACCAUAACAACAACAUCAAAAUCACUUAAAUCAACUCCUAAAACAAAGAAAUCAUCUGUUAAAUUUCCUGAAAGCGUUAUUUUAUUAGAAGCUACAGCACGUCAAGAUACCGAUGAAGUUUGCCAACUUCUUCUGUCUGGAAACUAUAAUCCAAAUACAGCUAAUGACGAUGGUCUUACACCGAUUCAUCAAUGUUCAAUUGAUAAUAGUGAGAAAUUAUUAAAAUUAUUAAUUGAAUAUGGUGGGGAUGUCAAUGCAAAAGAUCGUGAUCUAUGGACUCCUUUACAUGCUGCAGCUACAUGUGGUCAUUUACAAAUAUGUCGAAUGUUAAUUGAAAAUGGUGCUGAACUAUUAGGUUUAAAUGCUGAUGGUAAUAUGCCGUAUGAUAUAUGUGACGAUGAAAUAACUCUUGAUUACAUUGAAACACAAAUGGAUCGAAUUGGUAUUACACAAGAUAUGAUUGAUAAAACACGAGGACAAGUUGAACAUCAAAUGUUAAUAGAUUUACAAAAUCUAGUCAAAACAAAAUCACAAGGAUCAUUACGUUCUAUUGAUGAUAUACUUUCAUAUCGAAAUACGGAAGGUGCAACACCAUUACAUAUCGCUAGUGCAAAUGGAUAUCAAACUGUUGUAGAAUACUUAUUAAAACAAAAUGUAUCAUUUAAUCUGCAAGAUAAUGAUGGUUGGACACCGAUGCAUGCAGCAGCAUUUUGGUGUCAACAAGCCAUUCUCACUCAAUUAAUCGAAACUGGAGCAGAUAUUUAUGAAAAAAUCCCAGAUGGUCGUUCAGCACUUGAUUUAUGUGAUGAUCCUGAUUUACGUUCUGUUAUGGUCGAUAUUCGGAAACAAAACAUACGAAAUCAAGAAAAAGCCGCAGCCGUUGCAGCGGCAGCUGCUGCUGCCCAACUACAACAAAAAACAAAUCAUCGUCAUACUAACAUUACAAAUACUUUACCGAAUGGAACAACAUCCCGAACAGGUAACUUAUACGAAUCACGAUCAAGUGUUUCAUCACCUUACGGAAGUGGAUCAUCAUUAAAUCGAACAAGUUCUAUCCGUCGAGCAUCAAUACGUGAUCGUGAAAAAGUUAAAAAAUUGAAUGAAAAUUUCCUUGAUGUGUUACAAGCAAAAGAUAAAAUUCAAGAAGAUGCUGAUGAAGCAACAGUGAAUGUUACAACUAGUAAUCGCAUAUUACCAAUAAUACCGUCAGCAACAGUAACAACAGCAGCAAUACCAUCAACCACAAAAUUAGUACCGAAAGAAGAACGAGCAAGCAGUGUGGCAACAGCAAGUGAAUCAACUAUACGCGAACCAGUAACGACAACUGCAACAAUAACUACUGCAACGUCAUCAUCAUCAUCAGUAAUAGUAAAAAAAGCAACCAUACCAGUCAUAGAAAUAUCUUUACCGCCACUGAAACUUCCACCUCCUUUACCACCCGUACCCACGCAAACAACUGCUGAUACAUUAAGUGAUGUGAAACGGCGGCGUGAAGAGCGACGCCGUUGUAUUGGUAGAUCAUCAUCAACUGUUCCUCCUGCUGUGAAUUCUACGCCACCAGAAUUACCAGUAAUUGAUACAAAUUAUAAAAAUAAUAAUAACAACAAUACUAAUAAGAUACCAAAUGGUAUUCAUGAGUCAAAUAAAGAUGAUCCAUUGCAAAGAUAUACUUCAACUAAAAAUAUCGAAAUUCAUGAUCACCAUAAAAUCGAUGUUGAUCGUGAAAAACGAAUUUGUUGUACUAUUUUAUGA